AUGCCAAAGGCGCCGGCCAAGUCUGCUGAUGUUGGCUCUCCCAAGCGAGGUGCCAUGGCUACUGAGGACCACGUCCAUUUCCUCUGGGCCGUCAUCCAAACCAAGGAGGAGAAUUUUACUCCCAACUUUGAAGCCCUCGCCAGGCAGUGUGGCAUCAACGAGGCUGCGGCUCGCCAGCGCUUUCGCCGCCUGAAGAUGAAGCUCGAGGGCAAAGACCAGGAAAAGCCGAAGAAGGAGGACAAGAAGAAGCCCGAGAAGAAGUCUGCCAACACUGAGAGCAAGGAGUCUAUCGAUAGCGAUGAUGUCGAGUUUGAAGAUGUGUAG